AUGAUAAUCUUUUGCAAAGUAUUUCAAAAUUUUACGAGAAUUUAAAAUAAGAUCAAGCAGUGCCAGCAACACUUUUUGUAAUAAUUUUGGUUACUUUUAAUUAAUUUAAAUAGAAAUAAAUUAUAUUAUAUUUUUACACGAAUUUAAUGCUCUGAAAUUAAUGUGUACAAUUAUAAAAUAAAUUAAGGUUAAUUUUUUAUGAUUAUUGAUUAAGGAGUAAUUGAAGCUGUGAAACAAAAAUUCAAGCCUGAAGAUUUAUCAAAAGCAAUUGCCUUAAUUCAUUAUGUUAAGAAAUGGUCUAAUUUGGAACAAUAAUACGAAGAAAAUGUCAAUAAAAAAAGUUGUCUUCCAGAAUUAUCAGAAGUAAAUGCUUUGGCUAAUGGAACAAGACAACCUAGUGAGGAAGAGAUGAAGGAUUCAACUAUUAAGGAAGCUGAACCAAUCUCUGAUUAUUGGUCAAAAGUACUACAACAUGCAGGUAUUACAGGAUCAAGAAUCACAUAAAAAGAUGCUGAUGUAUUGGCACACUUGAAAAGUAUUACUGCUAGUUUUGGCGAUAAUGACAGAGAUUUUAAAUUAAGAUUUGAGUUCAAUCCAAACUAAUACUUUGAUAAUAAGGUAUUAGAGAAAGAAUUUAUUUACAAUAAUGAAGAAAGCGAUUUACCAUAUAAAUGCAAUGGAACAUAGAUAAAUUGGAAGGAAGGAAAGAAUGUUACAAAGACAAUCAAAAAGAAGAAGUAAAGAAACAAGAAAACUAACUAAACCAGAAUUAUUGAGACAGAAGUGAAAUUAAAAUCCUUCUUUAAAUUUUUUGAUGACAUAGCUCCUGCAUAAACAGAUGAAGAAGAAUUACAAAAAGAAGAGAAAAUUACAGCUGAUCUUGAAGUCGGAGAAGCAAUAAUCGAAGAAAUUAUUCCACAGUCUUUGACAUAUUAUUUAGAUUUGAAGGAUGACGAGGAUGAAGAUGACAUGGAUGAAGAAGAUGAUUAGGAUGAUGAUGAUGAGGAUGAUGAUGAUGAUGACGAUGAUUGA